UUGUAUGAAGAGGAUAGCGCUUCUAACGUGCAGGUUAGUGACAAUAUUCCGGAUGCUAAAAACGAAGACCAUAAUGAUGCCGACAUCCCUACUACAUCUCAAAACAAACCAAUUAUUCAGUCACAAAAACGUCGUGCUAAAGAUCCACCCGAAAUGCAAGAAGCCAAUAAAAAAAUGAGUACUGCUUUUACAGCAUUAAAUAAAGCAUUGGCUAACAAAGAAAACAUAAAAGAAGAAGACGAAUGCGAUUUAUUUUGUAAAAUGUUGGCAAAACAAAUAAGGGAGUAUCCAAAACUUGAAAGGGAAGAAAUAAUGUACGAGCUUCAUGGUGUUAUGAUGAACAGACGUCGUCGUUACAACACGAUGCAGGGUAGAUCAUAUGCUGUUUCUUCUCCUUCACAAAUAAUCCUCAGUCGACCUAGCACGAGCAACAGCAUGCUUCACUAA